AUGAUUAAGUGGUCCAUCUUGAAGAAUGGUGUUCGAGUUCUCACAGAAAAAACUCCAUUCCCGACAUCUAUCAAUCUUGGUGUUCUUCUAGAUGUUGGUACACGAGAUGAGACCCCAAAGAUAUCAGGCACUUUGCACGCUCUUACUUCCCUUUUUAAAUUUGAACAAAAAUCCUGUUCCAGUUUAAAGGGUAUUAUUUUUUUAAAAAAAAUUAUAUUAAAAGCCCCUCUAUAAACAAAUUUUUAAAAAUAUUUCUGAAUUUUAACGAAUUUUUAUGAAUAUUUAUUUCAAAAAUGAACCGAUUCAGUACGAAAUCUGUUUAAACAAUAUUUGGCUUCCACUUUUCCCAUUAAUUAGGCUAAAACUAAUUUAAAAAUAGAUAAAAUUUCCAUUAGAAAAAAUUCGACCUAUUUGUUUUUAAAUUUAAAGGGUAUAGUUAAGAAAAUCUAUCUCAGAACACAUACUAAUUCAGACGAGCAGAAAAAUUAUUGCACCGUCCAGAUGUCUGGUGGCGAUUUUUCAAUGGACUACGAUCAAGAAAAAACCUAUUACCAUGGAACCUGCUUAGCCCAUGACACUUAUGAUUUCUUACAAAUGGCCCGUGACUGCAUUUUCGAUGAGAAAAAUGAAGAAGACGCAAAGAUUGCUCAUGAAAGGCUAAGCGAGCAUUGGAAAGCAAACCAAAAUGUGAUGCCAGACCAAUUGAUCACCAGCUUUAUGCUUCCAGCGGCAUUCGGAGAAAAUGGGAUUGGCUUGCCUCUUGAUGGACAUGAAGGCGCAUAUCCCUUCAUUGGAUGCAUUUUAUUCUCUAAAUUAUUAUCAUUCAAAGAGACAUAUUACCCAAAUUUUUUAUAUUUAGAUAAGGCAAAAAUGGCAAAAACGUCUAGAAAAAAAUUGGCGAGAUUUUUUAAAAAAGUCAAAAAUCAUGAACCACUUCAAUUACACACACAACCAUGAAUGAAUUUAGGAACACUUGCAUUUCCCCUGAAAAAAUCAUUGUGGCCGCAGCUGGUGUAAAUAACCACGAAGAAUUUGAAAACUCAGUCAAACCUUAUUUUGAAAAUUUGCAAGCUCCUGAACAUUUAAAGGCUAGAAUUCCUUCACAGUAUCUUGGAGGAGAAUUUCGCCACGAAAUCCAAAGCGAUAUGACUUAUAUGUCACUGUCAUUUGAAGGCGUCUCAUGGACUAAUGAUAAAAUGCCUGCUUUUCAAGUACUUAGAACUGCUAUAGGAGAAGGAGGAGGUUUUAGCACCGGAGGACCUGGAAAAGGAAUGCAUUCGAGGGCUUAUAAUACCUUUUUAAGAAAAUAUCCAUUUCUAGAAAGCGUUAAAUGCAUUAAUCAGCAUUUCACUGAUACUGGGCUUUUCACAAUAUUAAUUUCAGGGCUGAAAGCGUAUUCUGGGCACAUGGCGGAAGCUAUGGUUAAGGAAACCUUGGAUUUACAAAGAAUGACUGAUAUUGAAAUUGCGAGGGCAAAAAAUUUGCUGAAAAAUCAAGCGUUGUUGACCUUGGAAAAAACUGGGCCAAGAAUUGAAGAUACAGUGAAAAUGUUUAUGACUUUUGGGAGUCAAAAAAAUUAUAUAGAAUUGAUUGAUGCAGUUACCCCACAGCAGGUGAGGGAGUUGGCAAGUAAAGUUAUAAAAACUAGACCGUCGUUAGUGAUUCUAGGGCAAGGAACAGAAAAUGUCCCUUCUUUUGACAAAUUUCAAGCUAGGCUAUCUUAA